ACCCACCACCGAUGAGGCCCGGCCUUUGAUACAGCUUGCACCACAGCCUAUAAACAAGAUGGCAGCAGGGAGACUGGCCCAUUCUCUGAGCCCAUGAGGGGUGAGGCCCCUUCAGGCCCGAAGAUGGGGAACAUCACUGCAGACAACUCUUCACUGAGCUGUACCAUCGACCACACCAUCCACCAGACGCUGGCCCCGGUGGUCUAUGUCACAGUGCUGGUGGUGGGCUUCCCAGCCAACUGCCUGUCCCUCUACUUCGGCUACCUGCAGAUCAAGGCCCGGAACGAGCUGGGCGUGUACCUGUGCAACCUGACGGUGGCCGACCUCUUCUACAUCUGCUCGCUCCCCUUCUGGCUGCAGUACGUGCUGCAGCACGACCACUGGUCGCACGGCGACCUGUCCUGCCAGGUGUGCGGCAUCCUCCUCUACGAGAACAUCUACAUCAGCGUGGGCUUCCUCUGCUGCAUCUCCAUCGACCGCUACCUGGCCGUGGCCCAUCCCUUUCGCUUCCACCAGUUCCGCACGCUGAAGGCCGCCGUGGGCGUCAGCGUGGUCAUCUGGGUCAAGGAGCUGCUGACCAGCGUCUACUUCCUCAUGCACAAGGAGGUCGUGGAGGACGAGGACCAGCACCGCGUCUGCUUCGAGCACUACCCCCUGCAGCCAUGGCAACGCAACAUCAACUACUACCGCUUCCUGGUGGGCUUCCUCUUCCCCAUCUGCCUGCUGCUGGCCUCCUACCUGGGCAUCCUGCGGGCCGUGCGCCGGAGCCACGGCACCCAGAAGAGCCGCAAGGACCAGAUCCAGCGGCUGGUGCUCAGCACCGUGGUCAUCUUCCUGGCCUGCUUCCUGCCGUACCACGUGCUGCUGCUCGUGCGCAGCCUCUGGGAGUCCAGCUGCGAGUUCGCCAAGGGCAUCUUCAACGCCUACCACUUCUCCCUGCUCCUCACCAGCUUCAACUGCGUCGCCGACCCCGUGCUGUACUGCUUCGUCAGCGAGACCACCCACCGGGACUUGGCCCGCCUCCGGGGGGCCUGCCUGGCCCUCCUCACCUGCUCCAGGACCGGCCGGGCCAGGGAGGCCUACCCGCUGGGCGCCCCCGAGGCCUCUGGGAAAACUGAGGAGCCGGAGCUGUUAAUGAAGCUCCACUCGGCCUUCCAGACCCCUAACUCAUCUGCAGUGGGAGGGUCCCCCACGGGCGGGCUGGCCUAGCCGGGGUCACUCACAUGUGGGGCGAAGUGAGGCCUGAGCUUGCCCGCCGGCCGCCGCCCACUUUGCCAAGUGCCGGUGCCUCCUUCUGCGGGAGGGGACAAUGGGCCUGGGUCACUGGGCUGGGGCCUGGGCUGCAGCAAGACCUCUCUGGUUCCAGGGAGCCUGCCCCAGUUGCUGAGCCCAAGGGGGCUGUUGGAUGUGGGAAUAAGCCCCGUCAGCUCACGAGUGUCGUCUGCCGCCAGCUGUUGGGAGGAAGACAGUGAACUGUCACCUCCAGGAGGUUUUCAGAGAGAAGCUGGGGUUGGGGGUGCAGAGUGCAAGGACAUGGAGGAGGGGGGUUGGGAUAUGAGAGUGGAUACCUGGGUACGCACCUGCCAGGGCCUUCCAGUGCUAUCGUUGUCACAGAAGACACCCGUCCAAAUGCAAUGGUAUCAUCUGAGGAGGUGACACACGAAGCUGUAUCAUCAUGAUUAACUCUUGAGUCCCACCCCACAAAGGGUGGGAAGGAAGAUGAGUGGGGCCAGGAGGUUGGAUGAGGAGAAGGAAGGUGGAGAGGCGUUUGGGGCACUGGGAGUGUGUGUGGGGGGACGGUGGGGGUAGUGACAGGCAGAGAGAUCCCAGCUCCAGCCCCAUCACAAUUUCACAGAGAGAGUUGAGCGGAUUCCUCAAGCCCCAGAGCUGAUGGAAAACAAAUCCCAGGGCUCCCCGGGGCUCCCUGGAGUGACGUCUGUGGUUCUUUAUAAAGUCAGUACUGAAGCUCAGGUGUCGGGACAGAGGCCUAAAGCCAAGUUCCCUACACACAGAUUCCUCCCAAUUCAUUUUGUUUCCAUCUGCCCAGAAGCACCAGAUCCGGCAGCCUGGGAGUGUGUGUGUGUCUAUGUGUUUGUGUGUGUGUUUUCAUGGUUAAAAUGCCAGGGUCCCCGUGACAACUGUGUGCCAAGACACUGAGGCUAGGGUCAUAUGACUGCUGGCAGUGUCCACCCCCCCAGCCCCCGCCUCUGUCCCCUGCCACACACACUGUGGAGUGUUUAGCAGUCUCAGAGAGGAGCAUGUCAUUCUCCCCAAGUUCUCAGAUACAACAAAACAAACAAAACAGAGACACACUCUCUGGCAUCUCUCAGCCCAAAGGCCUGGGGUUUAGCUCCACUGUGGUGUAAACAGGCCCCGUGACAAGGAGAGGAGGUGGCCCUGGGCUCACCUUGCCUCCUCUGUCCUCCAGCAUUGCUCCUCUGCCAGACGUCCCACCUCUCCCACCUGGAGAGUGAUACUGGGCCUGUGGGCCAUGUGCAGCCCAGGGCACUGACCGCCAUC